UCCCCGAGCCGAGGCGAUGGGGCGGUGGGCGGUGGCGGUUCGGACGGGGCACACGGUGCUGAGCUGGGGGCUGACGCUGGUGCUCUUCCUAAACCAGACCGAGCUGCGGCAGCAGGAAGCUCAAGGCGAGCUGUUCCGGCCCCUUCUGUUUGUGCUGCUGGUCCUGUGCUCCGUCCUGCUCUAUUUUGCCGUCUCCCUCAUGGACCCCGGCUACGUGGGCCCCGAAACCGCACCUCACGCCCAGGCGGGCACCAGUGAAGAGCGGAAGGCUAUGGUCCCCCAGAAGCAUCCAACCAUCUACCUUCACCGCUGCGGCUACUGUAUGCUAAAGCAGCCCCUGAGGGCCCGCCACUGCCGUUCCUGUAAGCGCUGCGUCCGCCGCUACGACCACCACUGCCCCUGGAUCGAGAACUGCGUGGGCGAGCGCAACCACCCCGUCUUCGUCGCUUACCUCGCGCUGCAGCUGGUGGUGCUGGUUUGGGCCUUGCGCUUGGCGUGGUCCGGGAUCCGCUUUGACCAGCCCUGGGGCGCCUGGCUGCGGCACACCGGCCUCCUGUUCGCCGCCUUCGUGCUGCUGGCCGUCUUCACGGCCGUGGUGGCCCUGCUCCUGGCCUCCCACCUCUACCUGGUGUCCUGCGACACGACCACCUGGGAAUUCAUGUCCCCCCACCGCAUCUUCUACCUCCGCCACCGCAGCGGCAGCCCCUUCGAUCGGGGCCUGGCCCGAAACCUAGGGCGCUUCUUCUGCGGCUGCGAGGCCGUGUCCUGGGAGAUGCUGUACACCCCGGAGGACAGUGAGCCCGUCUAGGUGCCGCAGCCUGGGGCCAGACGGGGAAGUGGGAAGCGAGGGGGGACGGGUACGGCGCCGGCUUAGGCCUGAGGCUGUGGCCUCCUCCAUCCCUCCCUCCUGUGCCCUCAAGCGACUCCUCACGGAGGAAGGUCAGGACCUGCUGUCUGUGCCUCGGCACCCGGCUUCUCAGCCACCCAGGGCUGGUGUCGGAGGCCCCCAAAGCCACCGGGCCUACAGCGGGAGGCCCAGCCGACACGAAAAACACACACGCGUGUGAGCUGUCCCUCCCUGGAAACAACUGGGGAGUCAGCUUGGCUUGGAGGCUGGGGCCUGGAGUCCCGUCCCCUCAGUCUUUGACUCCUUGCCAGCGCAGACAACGUGAGAAGGACGAGCAGAACUGUGAAACUGAAGCUGGGCCCCGCGGAGGUGGGAGGGCUUGUGGCCCCACUUAGCCAGCCAUCUUCCCGGCCCGCUGCUGACUAUCCAACUGCCACCCCAGCCUCACAGAGACAGAGAAGCCCUGAAGAGAAAUGGAGCCAACCGGCCCAGCCCCGGAUCUUGAUGUCAC